GCGUAUGGGGGACGUUGCGUCGAGUGUUUACGCGCGUAAUGGCGGCGGACAGGCUGUGAUGAGCCUCGGCGGAGAAACACAGCCAGCGAUCAGCCCUCGGUCAGUUUCCACAGCGGCGACACGGAAGAACACGAACAUGCAGAUCACGCUGAAAACCCUCCAGCAGCAGACGUUUAAAAUCGACAUCGACGCGGAGGAGACGGUGAAGGCCCUGAAGGAGAGGAUCGAGCUGGAGAAGGGGAGAGAUCAGUUCCCUGUGGCGGGGCAGAAGCUGAUAUAUGCAGGAAAGAUCCUGAGCGAUGACACGGCUCUGAAGGAGUACAAGAUCGAGGAGAAGAACUUUGUGGUGGUGAUGGUAGCAAAGCCCAAAGCGUGUCCUGCUGCUCCAGCGGUCAGCACAGAGUCCUCCAGCACUGCACCAGCCCUGACCCCUCCAUCAGAAACACAGUCUGAGAGCAGGACUGAAGAGGAGACGCCCCCCAGCGGCGCCGAGACCUCCUCUACACCCGCCAGCUCUGUGCUGAACGCAGACAUCUUUGACGAGGCGACGUCAGCGCUGGUGACCGGUCAGUCCUACGAGAACAUGGUGACAGAGAUCAUGCUGAUGGGAUACGAGAGAGAGCGAGUGGUGGCCGCACUGAGAGCCAGUUUCAACAACCCUGACCGCGCCGUGGAGUACCUGCUCACGGGUAUCCCGGCGGAGAGUGAGGGUGGUGUGGGCGGGGCUGACCCCGUGGCUCCUCCUCCUGUGGUGUCCACAGGCCUCUCUUCAGUGUCCAGCAGCGCUCCGUCACAGACCAGCACAGGAUCAGCCGCUAAUCCUCUGGAGUUCCUGAGGAACCAGCCCCAGUUCCUGCAGAUGAGACAGAUCAUCCAGCAGAACCCGUCUCUACUACCAGCUCUCCUACAGCAGAUCGGCAGAGAGAACCCUCAGCUGCUGCAGCAAAUCAGCAGUCAUCAGGAGCAGUUCAUCCAGAUGCUUAAUGAGCCUGUGCAGGAGGCGGGGCAAGGAGGUGGAGGGGGCGUGGCCGAGGCUGGAGGCGGAGCCAUGAACUACAUCCAGGUCACACCUCAGGAGAAAGAAGCUAUCGAGAGGCUAAAAGCCCUUGGAUUCCCAGAAGGACUCGUUAUACAGGCCUACUUUGCCUGUGAGAAGAAUGAAAACUUGGCUGCAAACUUCCUCUUACAACAGAACUUUGAUGAUGAUUAGAGGAAUCCCCUCUUAUGGGCUUUUGUUUUUCAGUGAUCAUUUUUGAGAAGAGAAUCUACACACACACACACACACACACACACACACACACACAGGCUGUGGUAUUCUGUCUGAUUCUACACACUGGAUGACAUGAGCACGUCCGUCUGGAGAUGAGCAGAAAUCAGUAAAAGCCUCUGCUUCUUCUAACACUCGUCUGUGUGAGACCUGUCUGUUCCUCAUUUGUUCCUCAUAUGACCAAUAAAAGCAAUGUUUCCUCCA